CGCAUGCGCAGAGACCUGAGUUUUGUUUGAAGUGAACUGCUGCCUGGGACUGCCCUACAAGCUGCAAAGUCGCCAAGCAUUUGAUUUUAACAGUAUAUUUUUCACAUUUCCUCCAUAUUCUUUUAGUGCCUCUAUGCAUCGUAGAGACGAUGUUAGGCCAUCAUUAUACAAAUGCCGACAAGUCGCAACAACUGGUCAACUAUGUGGAGGAUUAUCUGGAAUGUGUGGAGUCUCUGCCUUUGGACAUACAAAGAAAUGUUUCUCUGCUUCGAGAAAUUGAUGCAAAGUAUCAAGAGGUGCUGAAGGAGGUGGAUGAAGUGUUUGAGAAGUACAAAGGUGAGCAGGAUGCAGCUCAAAGAAAGCGCCUUCAGGUCCAGCUGCAGAGAGCACUCAUCAUCAGCCAGGAGCUGGGCGACGAGAAGAUCCAUGUAGUGACCCAGAUGACGGAGCUGGUGGAGAACCGCUCCCGCCAGAUGGAGUCCCACUCCCUUUGCCUCCAGGAGCCCAGCGAGGCAGAGCGAGUCACUACGGAGCGGCGCUCCAGCGUCCAAGACUUGCCGGCCCCGGAGCGCACCUCUGCCCGCCGCCCACGACGCCAGCGCAACAGUGAGAGCCGCGACUCGAGCCACCCAUCAGCCAAUGGCUCUCUGGUGGAUGACCCAGUGGAGGAGCUGUCCAUUCCUACGCCCCGAGAGAAGAAGUCCAAGUCUGCGAAGAAGAAAAAGCGCAAGGCCAAACAGGAGCGAGAUGCCUCCCCGGUCGACUUCGCCAUCGACCCCAACGAGCCCACCUACUGCCUGUGCGAGCAGGUGUCAUACGGUGAGAUGAUCGGAUGCGACAAUGACCAGUGCCCCAUCGAGUGGUUCCACUUCUCAUGUGUGGGGCUGACCUACAAGCCCAAAGGCAAGUGGUACUGCCCCAAAUGCAGAGGGGACAACGAAAAGACCAUGGACAAAAGCCUAGACAAAAACAGAAAAGACCGCAGGUCCAGGUAGUGACCCAUCUUCAUUCGCCCUUUAUUCAUCUGGAUGAUGUCUUCAGCCUAAAGGGUUAGGACUAUCAGCCGUAGUUGAAAACAGUACUUGUGAUAUUGUGAAGAGCACAGUCCAGCACCAUUGGUAGCAGCGCUUAUUAUUAAUCCAGGACCAGUUGUGAUUGAACUUGUGCUGUUACAUCACUGAUUGUUCUCACUGGCUAUAAGUGUACUGUAGGGAGUCCAGCUGCUGCAAGAGUCAUCAGCUUGAAGCUGCUAUCUUCCCCAAGUGUUUUUGCUUUUUGUGAGACUUGUUUUUUAUUUUGACUUUUGAGGGAAAAAAUGAAAAAGCAUCUUUUGGUUUGCUAUCCCUUUUCAUUCUGGACAAGCUCCUAAUUAAAAAAAAAAAAAAAAAAGGUGUACCUGCUAAUGAUUAUUUUCUUCAGUUUUGGUGAAACAAACUUUUUUUUACUUUUUUAUUUUCACUUUCUGAAUUGUACGCAAUUAUUUGAAAUUUUGUCUAUACAAUAAUGGCUUGUAGAGAAUAACCACGUUAUGUUUACAAGAGAUGAUAUUUAAUUGAGGAGAUGGUUGUUGAUGGACACUGGAAUAGGAUGUCAUGUUUGUGGACUUCAUGUUUUCACUGGUUCACUAUCACUAUUGUGUAAAUGUCUUUUUUUAUAUUCAUUAAAACAAAGUAUAGUCAUUCA